CACAUAUAGUCAUUUCCGGGAAACGGGUGCUUGCUCUGUGUGUGCAACAUGGAGGCGACUGGUGUGACUGCUGAGCCGGUUUCCGGGGAACUGGUGUCUGUGGCACAUGCUCUUUCUCUCCCAGCUGAGUCUUAUGGCAACGAUCCUGAUAUUGAGAUGGCUUGGGCCAUGAAAGCAAUGCAGCAUGCCGAAGUCUACUACAAGCUCAUUUCAUCAGUUGACCCACAGUUCCUGAAACUCACCAAAGUGGAUGACCAAAUCUAUUCUGAGUUUCGAAAAAAUUUUGAGAAACUCAGGAUAGAUGUGUUGGACCCAGAAGAGCUCAAAUCAGAAUCAGCUAAAGAGAAGUGGAGGCCAUUUUGCUUGAAGUUUGAUGGAAUUGUAGAAGACUUCAACUAUGGUACUUUGCUGCGACUGGAUUGUUCUCAGGGCUACACUGAGGAAAACACCAUCUUUGCCCCCAGGAUACAAUUUUUUGCCAUUGAAAUUGCUCGGAACCGGGAAGGCUAUAACAAAGCAGUUUACAUCAGUGUUCAUGGCAAAGAAGUAGAGAAAGAAGGCAACCAUGGAAGAGAGAAAGCUGACAGUGGAAGAGUAGAAGAGAAAGGAGCCAAAAGAGAAGGAGAAAAAGUGAAAACCAACAAAGGAGAAGAAAAAGAGAAAGAAGCCAACAAAGAAAUCAACAAGAGUAGUGAAACAGCUAUGUAAGCUAGACAAGGAAUAGCCCCCUAGAAGCUGUGACUCAACUAAGUCUAUAGAUACCAUGAUACUGGCCGCACAGACCCCUGUGGUUAAAUAUAUGUCAUUGCGCAAUUGAAAGACAUGCAGAAGGACAUCUUUCUAGCCUAAUAAUCAAGAGCUACUUUGGUUGUUCUCUUGUAUGAACUGGCUUAAAGACUAUAAGUGGGGUCUCAGUUGAUUGUUGCUUGGUAUAGUAUUUCAUAGUUCUCACCACUGGUCAAGUAAGAAAUUUUAUAAAUAAAUUUCUUUUGGUUCUUAUGACUAUAUCUGUGAUUGACUUUUAAAAGAUAUUUCAAAUUAUUUGACACUUCAGAUUUUUUUCAAGUAUAUAACCUCUUUAUCGUGUCAUAUAAAAUGAUUUAUGCCUGUUUUUAAAUGCUUAUCAUUGUUUCCUAUAGUGAACGUUUCUCAAACCUGUUAAGUUGUAUAUGACUUUUUUUAAAGUUUAUUUAUUUUGAGAGAGAGAGAGACAGAGUGCUCACUUACAUGAGUGAGGGAGGGGCAGAGAGAGAG